AUUUUAAAUCUGUUUGUCAAAUUAAUUUUUGGAUGAUAAUUAUUUGAAAAAUUACAAACUAAACAAUUAUCACCAACACCUAAAAAUAAAUUUAACUCGUCCUAAAUAUUGACCUUGAUCAUAAUUUCCUGGUUCACCACUUUCUGGUCUGAGACCAAAACGAUGUCGUAUUAGAAAACUGGGCUACACUUGGACCUGUAGACCCGGGCGAGCCAUUGCUGUAGACUCUCUUGGGCCAAAGUUGGGCUCCCAAUUCAUCUUUCGUCUUUCAGAAUCCAUUUUCGUAUCAAGCGGCAACACUCCAUACUAGUGCCCGCCAUGGCCGCUUCUCCGACGGCCAAAAUAUGGUCUUCAUCAAUUAGGUCUUACGUCAAUACCGGGAGACUAUGCAGAACAACUUCAACCAUUCCCUGCACCGAACACGGCGAAUCUCUGGUUCUCGAGACAACGCCAUGGCAGCCAUCACAUGGAACCCAUUCGCCCAAUCGUGUGAACAUGAUCGAGGUCAAUUCUCCAUUGCGAGAGCUAGUCAAAGCAGGUCAAUUGCAUCUUGCUCGCCAAAUGUUCAACAAAAUGUCGCAAAGAGACGAAGUUUCAUGGACCAUCAUGAUUUCCGGCUAUGUCAGCGCCAUGGACCCAGCCGAAGCUUUGAUGUUGUUCUCCCACAUGUGGCUUCAGCCUGGCCUUUCCAUGGAUCCGUUUGUUCUUAGCGUCGCGCUCAAGGCUUGCGGGUUAAAUUCAAGCGUUAAAUACGGUGAAGCAUUACAUGGAUAUUCGGUGAAAAGUAGUUUCGUUAAUUCGGUGUUCGUGGGUAGUGCUCUUCUGGAUAUGUACACGAAAACCGGCAAAUUUGAGGAAGGUUGCAGAGUGUUCGAUGAAAUGCCUAUUAGAAAUGUAGUUUCUUGGACCGCCAUUAUUACUGGGCUUGUUCGUGCCGGUUGUAAUCAGGAGGCGCUGUUGUACUUUUCAGAAAUGUGGAGAUCGAGGGUGGUUUGUGAUUCAUAUACAUUUGCGAUUGCAUUGAAGGCAUCUGCUGUUUCGGGUUGUUUGAAUUAUGGAAGGGAGAUUCAUUCUCAGAUUCUGAAGAGAGGACUUGAAGUUACAUCCUUUGUGGCUAAUUCUCUUGCUACAAUGUAUAAUAAGUGUGGGAAGUUAGAUUAUGGGUUGUGUUUGUUUGGAAGAAUGAGUACACCAGAUGUAGUUUCAUGGACAACUUUGAUAACAUCCUAUGUUCAGCUGGGUCAAGAGGAACAGGCCAUUGAAGCUUUUAUAAGGAUGAGGGAAUCUGGUGUCAACCCUAAUGAGUUCACUUUUGCUGCAGUUUUCUCUGGCUGUGCUGGAAUUUCUAGAGUUGAAUGGGGUGAGCAAAUUCAUGCCCAUGUUAUCCAUCUGGGUUUGGCAGAUUCUUUGUCAGUGGCGAAUUCCAUCAUGUCAUGUAUUCUAAAAUGUCAGUUUUGA